AUGGUCAAAGCAGACGAUGAAAAGGUCGGGAAGAAGGGCUCGAGAGCCACUUCACGGAAUGGUCCCGCAAGAGGUAGAAAGAAGAAGUCAGCGGAAGUUAUUCCUGUGGAGGAAGAAUUGCCUGACCAGCAAGGUGAAAAUGGUGAACCUACGCACAGCAACAUUCUGAUCAUAGGGGAUGAGAACCUCACCUUUUCGGAGUUAGUAAUUGACGCCUAUCCGUCUGCCCAUAUUUACGUAGCGAGCACCUCCACCGAGUUAGAAGUGGAUUACCUUCUGCGCGACCUGGAGAAGCGCAAGAGGAGGAAGUUCCAGAAUGAAGCAAUGCAACAGGACGAUGCAACACAACAGGAAGAAGACGUCCCUGUUGAAAAGACCCCCUUUUACUACACCAGGAAGUUCAUGAAGGAGCAGACGCACAAGAGGGUCUCCGUUAUCUUCAGCGCCAAUUUGUUUUAUUUGGGUCGCCACUUCCCGAACGGCUUCUUCGACACUGUGUUUUUGGUUCUCCCAGGCCUCUGCUACAACAUCCAGGAGACCGGACUAAAGUACAACGACAAGGUGACGGCACUACGUAUAUACUAUUUUCUGAUUUGCGUGCUGGUCGAAAUUAUCCAAGUGAGUCAGAAGGAUGCCGAGAUGCACGUGUUUUGGACGAGGGAGAAGUUAAAAAAGUUCGUUGAGGAUGAAGAGCCCACCGACUUGGCUGUGAAGAAAGAAGAAGAAGGGGAAGAGAAAAAAGUCGAUGAUGAAAGGGAGACGAAGCGAGAGAGCAUUCACGAAACAUUAAACACGCUGAAGAAUCUCAUGUGCAGUGGCAAGGGGGAAGAAGCAGCAACUCAGGAGGGAGAAGAACCCGAAGAGGAGAAGAACGUAGAUGCUGUUGCGGAACAGAACGGAGAAGCAACCACUGAACCGAAUGACGACGCUGCAGAGGAGGCGGCUGAGCGGCAGUCCGACGCAGAGCAAGAGAAGGAAAAUGAAGAAGACAGUGGCAGCACCGAAAAUAAGGAGAAACUCACAGAAGAAGUGGCAGAGGAAGCCACCGAGCAGGCCGCCGCAGAAGGAGGAGAGGUGUGUAUAAAACUGUCCAGCUACGCCAACAUGUAUGCAGAGGAGGAAGAGCCCGAGAAGGGCAGCGCGGAAAACGCGGGGGACGACAACGCAGGGGCGGACAAAAAUGAUGAGGAGAACGAAGACGAAAACGACGAUGAUAAAAGUGACGAUGACGAAAAUGAUGAUGAAGAUGACGACGAGGAUAUGACUCGGUUCUCCCACCUCUUCGACGGGGAGGGGAAGAAUAAGAAUAAAAAGGACACUCCCACCACAACAGAGAAACAAGGAUGUGAGACGUCCCAAGUAGUAACCUUCGUGGUGCACUCCACAGACGGGGAAGACGAAAAGGAAAAAAAAACAAGCCAAAUGAAUAUAGCAAAGUUCCCACUCUUCUACCACGUAGACAUUGAAAAAGUGAUGAAAUUGUUUUCCUUCGAUGAGCAGAACGAUCAGGAGGAGGAACAACAAGAGGUACAACAGGAGGUACAACAGCAGGUAGAAGAAAAGGAAAAAGAGGAGGAGGAAAAGAAGAAGAAGAGAAGAAAAAAGAAGAAGGAAGAGGAGGAAGAGAAACAGCCGGAAAAGCAGCAACAGAAGGAGAAGAAACCAAAGGUCGAUGUAGACACCCUGGUCGACAAGUACGUGCCAGUCAUCUAUGGUAACCACUUUACGCACAAUGAAUUCUUAGCCAAUUGUGCAUUCUACUCUUUCGUUUUGAAAAAAAAAAAAAUUAUAAUCCCUGAAGAGAUGGCACUUAUAUUGGAGCCAAACUUCACCCGUGAGUUCCCUGUGGAAAGUUACUCUUUUUUGAGAAAAAAAUUUUUCCAAGAAUUUCAUGAGAAGAUUAAGUUGUGCACCACGAUAAAAGAUCAACUGACUCAUAUUAGCCACAUGCGCUACAAGCUGUACGUGCAGCACGUGAGAAGUAGCGUCUCUGGGGGAGGGAGGAGGUCUCAUAUGUCCUAUUAUUUGUUUCAGGCGGAGUUGAAUAACCAAAUGAGGAGGGGGACUCCGUGCGGGGAGAAGCCUUCCACGGGGGGGGAGGAAGCCCCUACCGCUGAAGAAGCCCCCACUGGUGAAGAAAUCCCCACGGGAGAAGAAGCUCCAACAGGUGAGGAAGCUCCUGAAGGGGAAGAAGCACCUACGGUUGAAGAAGCCCCUACGGAGGAGGCAGCAGCUACAGUUGGAGAAGCCACCCCUGCUGACGCACCCACUGCUAACGCACCCACUGCCGAUGCAACCACGGCCGAUGCAACCACUGCUGAUGCACCCUCGGGGGACAAACUGUGGAAAUGCAUCUUCAGCCCACUGGACUUCUUCCAGGCCAGUGACAACAUGAGCGCCUACUUUGAGUACUACAUAAAUAUUAGAAGAAAUAAAAAAAAAAGAAACCGUCGAAACAUUUGUGCUUUGUCUAUAAAGUUUGCUAGCGGUAAGAAAAACUACCCCAACGACUACCAUAAUAAAAGGUACCCCAACAAGCGGACGAUGGGAGGGACUUACCGAAGUAGUAGUUACUACCCCUCUAUGUAUGACAUGAAGAGGAAGCCGCCUCUUCUUCCAACGCCUUUAAAUGAAAUGUCCAAUGGGCAUUCUGUUAGAGGCUCCAGUGGAUAUGGUGUGAAAGGCGGAGGGGUAAAUGCUGGUAGGGGAACAGGAGGCAUGAGUAAAGGAGGUCACCUCCUAAACAAGGGAACCACCAGCAGUGUAUAUAAACAUUCCAUGCAUAGUUCCAACUACGGGUAUAAUAACAACACCUCCUAUGGAAGUCACAACUAUGGGAAUAACAAGUACGGGGGGGGAAGCAACUACGGAGGAGGAAACCACUACAACACGCAGAACUACGGUUCGAACAAGUUUUACCGAAGUGACAAAAUGGGGAGGAGCGUCACAACGAACAGUUAUGAUAACAGGAGGGACGACAAAGGUCUGAAGUACAACAAGAGUGACAACCAGCGGUCGAAUCGGAACUCCAGUACCACCUACCACAGUGGUCCCUACGGCAGCGGUGGUGGAGGUGCAGAUGGAGGUGCCAGUGUGUCUAGCUUUCACGAGGGAAAUAGGGCGUAUGGUAGUUCGGUGCACCAUAGCAGCUAUGGGUACAACAGGUCGGCCAGGAACAUGGUGCACAAGUCCAGUGAGCGGGGCGACCCACGAAGCGACCCACGAAACGAUCUACGAAGUGACCUCCGAAGUGACCUGCGAAACGACCUACAUAGUGACAGCAAAGGGGCAAAGCGAAGGAGAGACGAUUCCUAUGACACGCGAAGAGGAUUCGCAGAGGACAGCUACUCCUCUCAUAAGCGCUAUGAGAAGAGAGGAAGGAACGAUGACUACGAUAUGAAGAACCAUAUGGAUGAGCGAAGGAGUGACAACCACCACCGGGGGUCAAAGAUGAAUGCAGAGAUGCAGGAUCCCUACGCGUCCACGAAGGACUCUACCAACAAGUACUACGACGGAAGCAACUAUUCCAUGAACAACUCUGAGAAGAAUGGGCGGAUGAUGCCGCCCCCACCCCCACGUGUACCCCAGGUGUACGGUGGCCAGGCGCAACAGAAAAUGACGAACUACUACAACGGGGAGGACUACCAAAACGAAAACAGAUCCAACGGAAUGAAUUACAACUCGGGAGAGCUAUACAACAAGAAGAGCCUAUACUCACAGAGCAGGAGCUACAGGAAUAACUAG